CCAGUACCGCCUCUCGGCGGCAGCGGCGGCGGCGGCAGCGGUACCAUGGCCGACGACGGUUCCCCUGAAGAGCCACCCAGUCCGCGGGGCUCCCCGGGCCGGGCGCCGCGGGUUCAGCGUGCGGUCGGGCCGGGCAGCAGCGGCAGCGGCUGCGGGGAGACCCCGCGGACGGCGGCGCUGGCGCUGCGCUUCGACAAGCCCAUCAAGCAGGCCUUCUACAACACCGGGGCCGUGCUGUUCGUGUGCUUGUGCUGCGGCGCCGCCGUGCUCGUCUACUUUAUCCUGGAGGCCUUCCUGCGGCCGCUGCUGUGGGCCGUGCUGUGCGGCACCUUCCUGCACCCCUUCAAGAGCUCGCUGACGCGGCUGGGCCGCCACUGGCUGCAGCGCCUGCACCGCGCGCACACGCCCAUCGUGCUGGCCGCGCUGCUGCUGCCGAUCUGCUUCGCAGACUACGGCGUGGAGGCCCUGGGCGAGCAGGCGCUGCGACGCCGCCGCCUGCUGCUGCUGCUCGGCGCCGGCGGCCCGCUUCUCUACGGCCUCUACAGCCUGGGCAGCUACCUGGGCGUGCAGGUGCUGCUGGCGCACGCCGGCGCGUUCAUCUGCCGCGGGCUGGACUACUUCAGCAGCCUGUGGAUCUGGACCUUGGUAGUUGGCUAUGUGUUGACUGUUUCAUUCAAGUGGAAUGCAAGCACUGAACGCUACUUGAGAGCAGUUUCAAUUCCUGUCUGGAUUAUGUUGCUUUUUCAUUUAGCAUCCUUGGCUGGCUCAUGGAGAAUUCCGGUAUUCCUGGUUAUUGUUUUCCUGAUGUCUGUGGGCACCCUCUAUGAAAAACAGAAUGGAAAAGAGUCUUCUGGAGCAGAGUUACCAGGGCAAGUUAUCUCCAUGGCAGCUUCUACUCUAGCAACCUUGGCCAUCUCCAUCACAGGGUAUGAAUCGAGCACUGAGGACCAGCCCUCUACCCAGCCUGCAGGGACAGAAACCAUGGACAGAGGAGAACCCCCUCCAACACGGUCCUCAUCUUCUUCACCCUCCUCCCCUUCACCCACCUUGGGCAGACAAAGGCCUGAAGUUGGAACAUUUCUUAGAAAGAAGAAGACUAGCGAUAUCUACUUUGUGUCUCUCCUUUGGGCCAUUGUUGGAGUCCAGAUCUGGUUGAACCUGUGGAUUGUACAGUUGCUGCCAGUGCCUAUUGCAGUAUGGAUACUCAAAAAGCUCGUUAUUCACUUUGGCGUUGUGAACUUCCUGGAGAAGCGCUGCUUGGUGUGGUGGCAGGUUAUAGAGCACUUCCUGAAGGAGCGGCAGGAAGCCCUGGCACCAUGGCCAAUUAUCGGGAUUGGAAAAUUCUUGUUGAAAGUUGAUAGCAAGCUCUGGCACUGGCUAAAUAAGAAGAUGAUCAUCUGGCUGGAGAAGAUGUUAGACAAAAUAAUUAGCAUUUUCAUCAUAUUUCUGUUAGUGAUAGGAACCCUUCUUUUAGCCCUACUCCUGACUGCAAAGGUACAUCAAGAGAGUGUACACAUGAUUGAAGUCACAAGCAAUUUGAUUAAUGAAACUCUAGCAAAUCACCCUGAGUGGGCAAAUUGGCUUCCUGAGGCUCAGGUAGUCCAAAGAGCCCUUAAUUCCGCGGCUAACAAUGUGUAUCAGUAUGGACGAGAAUGGAUAACCCACAAGCUGCAUAAAAUUCUUGGAGAUAAGGUGAACAAUACUGCCGUAAUUGAAAAGCAAGUGCUAGAACUUUGGGACAGACUGUAUCAUUCUUGGUUUGUAAAGAAUGUAACGCACUCUGGAAGGCUCAAAGGACACAAGAUGCACAUAAGUCGUCAGAAUAGCUGGCUGGGAGACAUUCUGGACUGGCAAGAUAUCGCUUCCUUUGUCCAUGAGAACAUUGAGACAUUUCUUUCGAUCUUAGAGUCCCUGUGGAUCGUUAUGAGCCGGAAUGUGAGCCUGCUCUUCACCACUGUCACCACGCUCCUGGCCAUCCUCUUCUACAGCGGGACUGCCCUCCUCAACUUUGUUCUGUCUCUGAUAAUUUUCCUGACCACACUAUUUUAUCUGUUAAGUUCCAGUGAUGAGUACUACAAGCCAGUGAAGUGGGUGAUAAGCCUGACACCACUAUCUCAGCCAGGUCCUUCUUCUAAUAUUAUUGGCCAGUCUGUGGAAGAAGCUAUCAGAGGGGUGUUUGAUGCUUCCCUCAAAAUGGCUGGCUUCUACGGAUUAUACACCUGGCUGACUCAUACUAUAUUUGGCAUCAAUAUUGUCUUCAUACCAUCAGCUUUAGCAGCAAUCCUUGGAGCAGUGCCAUUUCUAGGCACAUAUUGGGCAGCAGUACCUGCAGUUCUAGACCUGUGGCUUACACAAGGCUUAGGAUGCAAAGCCAUCUUACUGUUGGUUUUUCAUCUCUUGCCGACAUACUUUGUAGAUACUGCCAUCUAUUCUGAUAUAUCAGGAGGUGGCCAUCCUUACUUGACAGGCUUGGCAGUGGCUGGUGGAGCGUACUACCUGGGCCUGGAAGGAGCAAUCAUUGGGCCCAUACUUCUCUGCAUACUUGUGGUCGCUUCCAAUAUCUAUAGUGCUAUGUUAAUGAGUCCCACGAAUUCAGUACCCACACCAAACCAGACCCCGUGGCCUGUUCAGACUCAGCGGACUUUCCGUGACAUUUCUGAAGAUCUGAAGCCUUCAGUAGACUGACUUGGUUUCUAAACCACAGUGAUUUCUCUAGGAAAUUCAACCUUGACUAUGAGUUUAGCUCAGCUGUGGCCUCCUAUCCUUUCAGCUGUACCUGGCAAACAGAGCCCAGGAAAAGAAGCAGAAGCCUCCUAGCCUUCCAUACAGAAUGCCCGGACAAGAGAGGACUUGCUGUGCUUUGCAUUUUAAAGCACAGCUUUGGAGCUCAGAAAUGUGGUUUACUCACUUAACUGUUGCUCAGAUGGCUUGAAAAGUUUCAGUUUAUAAACUGGUACCAUGGCUUGAAAUUUUCCCACUUUGGUUAUGUAUAUUACAAUAUGUAUUUAUAAAGUUUUUUAAAGAGUCCUAAACUACCUGCUGUAUACAGUGUAGUUUUCUCCUGUUUUAAGAAAUCUGUCUUUAAACUUUUCUGUGACAGUCACUUUUCCAUGAAGAGGGCUUUCACUUUUGAGAAUGUAGUUGCUUGAGCGGGAAAAAUGAGUCUUCUCCCUUCUUCCACAGUGUAUGGUCCUCUCUGUAAGGAAGAGCAAAUCUUCAGUGUAAGGGCAGGUGGCUUAUUUGAAGUUCAGUUAGUUGUAUGUUACAACCACAGGAGACCACAGAAAGACCGAAGCUCUUCCUCCCCUUCUCCCUACAUCCGCUACUGCUCUAUUGCCAAAUUUUUUAAACUUGGCUGACCACAUUGAAAUUAAAUACUUAUUAAGCUGCUAUUAAUGGUAACAGUAUGAUAGAAUUCAUGUUGUAAUGUUUUUCUUUCCAAAUGUUUUAAGAAAAAGCUCUCAGGGGCAGCAGUGCUCUGAUCAUUAAAAGUAUCCCUGUUUCACUAUUUGGAAUUUGACCAAUUAGUUUUAUUAGCAGUAAAAUUUUAUAUCUGUGUAGUAUUUUCCCAUUACUUAGCACAGUGCCUUGCACAUAGACUCUUUUUUUUUUUUUUUUUUUUUUUUGCGGUACGCGGGCCUCUCACUGCUGUGGCCUCUCCCGUUGCAGAGCACAGGCUCCAGACUUGCAGGCCCAGCGGCCAUGGCUCACGGGCCCAGCCGCUCCGCGGCAUGUGGGAUCUUCCCGGACCGGGGCACGAACCCAUGUCCCCUGCAUCGGCAGGCGGACUCUCAACCACUGCGCCACCAGGGAAGCCCGCACAUAGACUCUAGAUGAAUGCUUGUUGAAUUAAAUUAUGACUUUUAAAAUAUCUCAGAUAUCACAAUAACCGGCAUAGUGCUCUACAUUUGACAAAGUCUUUUUGCACAUAUUAUUUCACAGGCACUUCACAUCAGCUUUCAUAUAGCUUCACAUUAUUUUGCAACAGUUUCACACAGAUGGGGAAGGUAAGGUUCAGAAAAGUGACCAACUCAAAAGUCGUGAAGUUUAGUAAAAUUUGACCUCAGAUCUUUCUGACUCCACACUCUGCCAACUCUGCUAUAUUGUAGUGUUUCUUUUAAUAUCUUACACAAUUUUUCCAGUGCUAUGAGGUAGAAUAGGUGUCCUGUUCUAUCGCAUAGACUUGUCCUAGGGUUAAUGACAGGGCUGGGACUGGAACCCAGCUCUUAGCUUUGUGCCCUUUCCACUGUGUAAAACAAUCUUCAGGCUCUUUCUCUGCCCCCAAAGGAGUAUGGAGGAGAAAGAGUUCUUAAGUAACAAAGAUUUCAUUUUUGGAAAACAUUUAAAAGUAGAAAUCAUAUUUUUCUAAAACAUCUUCUCAUUAAGAAGCAUAGUUAAUGAUAAUUACUUUAAAUUUAUUCUGAUAUUACUUCAGAAAAACUCCAUCUAGGAAAGAGGCUACCUUGAGGUCUCUGUCUGUAGAGUAGACUGUACAGAUCUCAUAUAUUUCCUGUGAAUCCUUCAACAAUUACAAUCUGGUAUUCCACCAAGUGUUACAUUUGGCACUAAGUGGCACUAAGUAACUCAUUCUUUUCUUUAAUCACUUGUUCAUUCAUUCAUUCAGUAGAACAUUGGUUGAGAGUUUGCCAGACUCUAGGUUCUAUGCCAGGCACUGUACAGGGUGCUGUAGGGGAUAAUUCAUAAGAAGGCCUUCGCUCACCUUAAAUCUUAGCCAGAUCAUGUGUAUUGCUAAAAUUAAAAAUUUUGCAUUAAAAGUAUUAAGAAAGAAAUCAGGUUUGUUUUUGUUAAUGGUAUACUGGUAAGUUUACAGCUGUGAUGAGCACAUAUUUAUGAGAGGCAAAUACUAUGCACAGUAAGUUAGUGUGCAUAUACAAAUUACGUUCUUCCAAAAUGCUUUUAGCUCUGUAAAGUGAUAUUGCAAAUAUAUAAAUUUGAGGUAAUAUAUGGCUCUUGCUGGUCAUAAUUAUUAGUG